AUGUACCGGUGCAUGCCCUUGGCCAACCUGCCAGAUAAUCUAGGUAAUGAUGGUUCUGUGUUAUGGCCACAACAUAGUUUGCUGACAUCUUUCACAUCAGAACUAGCCAUCAGCAAUGCCAAUCAGCAUCAUCAUCAUCAGCAGCAAUCAGCGGCUGACAAGAAGCACGCAUGCCGCAACUGCGGCAAGGUCUAUGCGCUUGCGUCGUCGCUCUACACGCAUGAGAAGUACCAGUGCGGCAAGGAGCCGCAGUUCAAGUGUCCCUACUGUCCGCACAAAACCAAGCUCAAGGGCAAUCUCAAGGCGCACAUUGGCUUCAAGCACUCCAACAUGCCUAAGGAUUUCUGA